GGUAUAUAAGGUAUGAGUUGGUUUAGGGUUUGCCCUGUGUAAUCUAACAUUACGUUAGGUCGGUCUGGGAAAAGGGCAGUUAGCUUCCGAUUUUGGAUGUCAAGCACCUGCACUCAGGAUUUGCUCUAGCAAAAUCUUUAUCGCGCACAACAAGCCAAAGGCACGAGGAAAGAGCUAAACAUGGUGCAGCUGUCUCCAUCCCCAGUCCUAGAUGUCUCAGCUUCAUCAGAAUGCCCUAAAGCAGGCCUGGCAAGCCAUAAGGCUGGUAGCCCCAAGAUGGGCUCUACUGGCAGGCUGAAAACACUCCAGAUGGACCUGGAGGCCUCCAACACCAUCUACCAGGGCUAUGACCGCUACAUAGAGGAUGGACUCAUCUGCCUCAAACACAAGAUCCGCAACAUAGAGAAAAAAAAGAUUAAACUGGAAGACUAUUUAAACCGCUUAAAACAAGGCGAAACUCUCAAUAAAGACCAACUCGACGCAGUGGAGAAGUACGACGAGAUAAUCCACAACCUGUCGUUUGCACAGCAGCUGCAUAAGACCUUGGAUGGCCUAACACAAGAUCUGCUGAGGGCCCAGAGGAAAGCGGUGAGGAAGGAGCAGGUGGCCAAAGUGGAGGCUGAUCGGAGACUGCUUUGCACCGUUCUGCAAGUGCGGCACCUCCUCCUGAGCCUGCAGCGCGAGGACAUCAGGAACGACCUCCUAUCCGGCCUCAACCUUGCCCCCCACCUUCCUGCCCCUGAGUUGCAGAGCCUACUCGAUCUCGCCGCACUGCUGGGUGUUAAGAGGGAUGAACAAUUGAGUUUGGAGAAUCAGAUGGAGAGGGCAGCUAUAGUCUACCUGGACCUGAUGGAGGGCGGAGACAAACCAGUGGCUGGUUCCACCUACAAGAUACUGAAGGAGCAGCUCCACAGGCUGUUGCAUUGUGGGUACUUUGAUCUUGUCGCAACUCCUCCUGCGACCAGUCUGAAAGAAAUGGAAGCUCCCAUGGUCAAGAAGGCAUCCGACAGCGUCUCUAAUUCUAUCAAGGAUUCCCAGUCUGACCCUGAACCCAAGACUUCUCCCACUCAGAACUGGAAGGUGGGGUUCCAGGCAACAAAGGAACAGGAACCUCCGGACUCAUGGGAUAUGGAGUUUUCGGAAACGCCGGUCUCCCUUCAGUGUGCCAUCCAGAAACCAUGGAGAGGGGCUGCAGUAUUCAUCCCCAAAGUGCCGGUGACCAUCAAGAAACAAGCUUCUAAACCACAAAGAAAGAAGAAGAAAUCUAAAGGGGAGCCGGGUACCAAAGCUCAGACCUUCAUAGAGGUUUACAACUCCCCACCUGCUCUCCCCAAGAACCCCACCCUGCGUGAGCAGCACCUGGAGGACCUGAUGACCAAGAUCCGAGGAUCCUUCAGCUUCCUGCAGGACUCUGACCUGGAGAUCGAGAACUCCCCCACCAACGGGCACACUAGACUGGGCAGAAGGGCCUCUAGGUCCCCCUCUCCUCUGGCACAAAAUGAUCCAAAGAGCAUCCCAGCAGAGGUCCUUCUCAAAACACUGCAUUCUACGCAGCCUGCAAGACUUCUAGAGCACAAAACCAGUCUGACCAAUGGAGAGGAGUCUCUGGAUGACUGUGACCUGGACCUCAACGUUCAAGAUCUUGCUGAUGAACCCCUGCAUCUCCAGGACUGUGAGGUGUUUCCAUCGCCACUGCUCUAUCGGUGUGGCUCCUCCCUCUCCACCCUGGAGGAGAAAACCCGACCUCCGACACCUGUUCAUAAGUCGGGAAAGCAGUCCCCCUCUAAUGUUGGGACCUCUCAAAUUCAGCCCUUCUCCACUCUCCCCGCCAGACGCACUAACGACAUGGCCCCCCCAGCACCCUUCUACAACAUGCACUCGGUAUUCAAGGUGAAUGCCCCUUUGCCUCCCAAUGGGGAUGUGGACUACAAUUGUAAAACCGGUGUGUUUGCUGAGGCCAGCAGCCUCCAAUACAUCACUGCCAGCACCCAGACUCCACCAGAGUUUGCUCUCCCUGAGGACGAACUCUUGCCACCAGCUUACCAGUCUGAGUAUGUCAUUGGGAAUGGCGGACAGGUCUACCUGCCUCCCAGCCAAACAGGGAGCAACAUGGGUUUAGCUGGCCAAUCAUACUACACUAGAGGAUCUUCGAGAGGUAUGGCACGUGGUGGCAAAGGGCAGGCACACUCCUCCUCCUUCCGCUCUGCAAGUGGGCCUCGAGGUGGCUUUGAUUGGUACCGGUGUGGUGUGCGUUCCCCAAGAGGAGGCUUCAUCCCGCAUGCUCACCACAGGGAUGCUGGGCCUUUCCCGUACGGAGCCAGGGACAGUGGGUAUCAGCAUUGCUACAAGCAUGGAGGAGGGCCAGGAGGAACAAGGCACAACUCAAGCGCAGGAUGGAGUGACUCCUCCCAAGUGAGCAGCCCUGACAGGGAGACCAACUUCACUCUGGUGGACUCCGCCCACGGAGACUCCCUCUCCGUCUCCACCAUGGAGGUGCCGGUCACUCCUCAGGGCCACACCCUGCUCCCCAUGCAAUUGUACCCACUCCCCCAGCCCCUCCGUGUGGCCUUCACCUCUGCCCGCACCGUCAACUUUGCCCCCGGCACCCUGGACCAGCCCAUUGCGUUUGACCUUCUGCACAGCAACCUGGGGGACAUGUUUGACACCCAGCUGGGGCGCUUCACCUGCCCGGCCAACGGCACAUAUGUCUUCAUCUUCCACAUCCUCAAACUGGCCGUCAACGUCCCACUCUACAUCAACCUGAUGCGCAACGAAGAGGUGAUGGUGUCGGCGUACGCCAACGAUGGGGCGCCGGACCACGAGACUGCGAGCAACCACGCCAUCCUGCCACUGUACCAGGGAGACCAAGUGUGGCUGAGGCUGCACCGUGGCGCCAUAUAUGGCAGCAGCUGGAAGUACAGCACCUUCUCAGGCUUCCUGCUUUACCAGGACUGAGCUGGGACCAGACCCUUCUGCUGUAACCACAUGGAGAGGAGGAGAAGAGUAUUGCUUUGCACUGAAGGAAGACCGAAGACGUUCCCAAUAACUGUCUUCCCAAUGCCCUUCUCACAUGGAGUCCAGCACCAAUUCAGUUUAGAGCCAUGUUUAACCUAUUAUAAUUAUGAUCAACCAGUAACCUGCUUCUUGGAGUUGAGGAUUUAACUCUUUGCUUCUUUAGCCCCAAGUGCCAUGAAUGAAUGUCAAUGUGAGAUGUGAUUGUGGUCUCCAAGUUUACUGUGACUACUGUUGUUACUGUCACAUGGCAUUGUUAUGUUCCAACUAGACCAAUCUAAUACAGUAUUAGGGAUUUGUGCCUUUUUUGUUUGUUCUCUGAAUGAAUCAAUGACUGAUCAAAUCUGUUGAAUGAGCAACGUGCAGGGUAAAUGUGUAAUGAAUGGGAACUGACUAAACUUGACAAUGCUAAGCACUGAAACCAUUUGUUAUUGCCUUGCUGUGGAAUGGAAAUUUUGGCCUAACGUGUUAGGGUGGUGGGGUAUGGUGACUGCACAGACCGUUUUUGUCUGACCGGCAAAGAUGAAUACUCUAAAUAGAGGAGAUGUGAAACAAUCCCUCAAUGUGCCUCCAAUAAAAAAAGAAUACAUUAGCAGUCUAACAGAUACUUGUUUUGUUGUUUUUCUACACCUUUUAAAAGGUUUUGUAAUGGUUCAUUU